UCGGUGUCACUUGUUCAUCUCUCUCUCUCCUUCUCUCUCUCUCUCUCUCUCUCUCUCUCUCUCUCGUGCGCGCAUUGCCAAUUGCCAGAUUGCCUGCGUCGUCGAUCCCGGGGCUUCCGAUGGCAUUGGCGCUCUCUGAGUUAUACGCAGUAUACAAUGUGGUGCUGAGUAGGCGCUAAUCGAAAACUGCCCGCAGCAGAAAAGCAGAAGCGGGCGCUGUACGUAAAUGGUGCUGCAGAUAGUUGCAGCGACAGCGCGUGUGGCGCGCACAGGAAACGCUCAUUCGGGCCAGCAGCCUUGUUACGGAGGCGCGGCUCUGACUUUGGUUCGUGCUCGUUGUCUUCGCACUAUUCCUUCGACUCGGUUGGCAUUUUCAAAACAAAAAACCGUCGCGCGUUAACCAACAAACCAAAGCAAGCAGUCCGUCAGCGGACCAGCGCGCGCCGAGAGAGGGGCCCAAUUGCCGAGUUUGUCAGACGGAAGAGCAGCAGCCGCCUAUACAGAUCGGCAUUUUUUGCCCGAGCCGCGCCAGUGACAUCAUCAAUGCCAUCGGUGCGAGCAUCAGUAGCGUACAGUCGGGCGCCGUAGUCGUCUCAAGGGACACUCCACAGCUCAGUUCGCAACGGUGACGAUACUCGCCGGGAAAGGCAACCGACAAUGGACGCGGACGAAGAAACGGUGGAAAUGGCACUGCUGCAGGAGCAGAGCUUCGGCGAGUACAGAGGCCUGCUGCAGCUGAUGGACAAUCGUCAGCUGGCGGCCUUCAAGAGCCUGGUGCACCGCGCCUUGAAAAAGGAGCCGCCGGCGAUCGACCUCGACCACGUAAUGGCCCACCCGGUCUCCAUGAGCUUCCUCGACAAGGCGGCCAGCGAGAACCUCGCCGACUUUGUCGAGUUUCUGCUGGAAGUCGGGGCCGAGCCCAACAGAGCGAAUCCGGAGCACGAUCGGGCUCCGAUACACUUUGCCGCCGAGAGGGGCAACGUGGAGGCCCUCGCCGCGCUCACUAGGCACCAGGCCAUCAACCCCAAUCUCCUCGCCGGCCAAAUGACUGCGCUUCACUACGCCGUCAAGGCUGAUUGCGAGAUGUGCGUGAGGCUGCUGCUCGACGCCGGAGCGAGUCCAAAUAUACCGAACAGCAAGGGCGUUACUGCCCUGCACUCUGCCGCGGAAAGAAACAGCCGCAACAUGGUCCAGAUCAUUCUCGACCACAGUAAAAUACUUGACUUGGACACUUACAGGGAUCGACGGAAAGAAACGGCUCGGUCGUUGAUCGAGCAGAAGUUCCCCGACAUACAACUGCCAGCGGAGUCGGAGAAGCCGGACACGGCCACGUUGCUGCGCUACUAUCUGACGGCCAACGACGAGGGCAACUUCCUGAAGAAGCUGGCGGAGCUGAAGGAGUUCGAGGGCCCGGAGAGCCUCGCGGAGCUGCUGCGGCUGAGCGUAGAGCGCAACCUGAGCGCCGCGACGGACGCGCUGCUGAGCCGCGAGGGCGCCGAGAACGUGAGCCUGUGGGCGUUGGCCAAGCUGGCCGUCGAGCGCGCCCAUCCCGAGCUGCUGGAGAAGCUGCUGGCCAGGAGCCCGGGGAUGGCCAGCCGGCUGCUGCUGCCCGCCAGCCAGGAGCUCGGCAGCCCCGGCGGCAGCGCGCGCGACCGCCUCAAGUGCCUCCAUCUCGUGCUCGACCAGCCCGAGGUGGACGUUCGCCAGGAGGACGACAAAGGCAACGGCGCGCUGCACUACGCGGCCAGGGCCGAAUGCUGGGAGGCGGUGAGGCGCCUGCUGAGACUCGGCUGCUACAUCGGCCACGCGAAUAGCUUCGGUGCGCCGCCGCUGGCGCACAUCGCGGCGGGCGUGCUGGAGGAGCACCUCGACGCCUGCCUGUCCAGCACGAACGAGCGCACCGAGGAGUACGAGAUCGUCAUGGACUACCGCAACCUCGUGCCGCACGACACCGAGUGCGGCGCCGUCGAGGAUCGCUUCGAGCGCCGGCGGCGCAGCUCGCGCGCCAGGCCCGGGCUCUGCAGCGAGACCGAGGCGCUGCUUUACGUCGCCGAAAGCAAGAGCCUGCGGCACCUGCUCAAGCACCCGCUGCUCGCCUCCUUCCUCUACCUCAAGUACCUGCGUAUCAGGCACGUUCUCUACGUCAAUUUCCUGCUCUACUUCGUGUUCUACUGCUUGCUCGUGGCCUACAUUUAUGUCAUCACCAGCGACGCGCCCGAACCCCAAGCAGCCGGCGCGGACAACGCGAGCGACGCGACGGCGAGCGCAGAGAGCUUGGAGGACCGCUGGCAGAGCCACCCGGUGCUCUCGGCGCUGGUGGCGCUGUCGCUGACGUACCUGGUGGUGCGGGAGUCGCUGCAGCUGCUGUCCGGACCCGUGGGCUACCUGCUCAACCCAGAGAACUGGCUGGAGCUCGGCCUCGUCGGGAUGACGCUGGCGCUGCUGCUCGGCGCCGGCCGGGAGAUCGGCGCCCUGGCCAUUCUGCUGUCGACGUGGGAGCUGGUGAUCCUGAUGUCUCAGCACCCACGCAUGGCCACCGACAUCGAGAUGUUCAAGACGGUCACCGUCAACUUCACCAAGUUCCUGUUCCUCUACGUCUUCCUCAUAUUGGCGUUCGCCUGGGCGUUCUACGUGCUGUUCAAGGGCGACGACAACUUCCCGCACCCGCUGGGCUCGCUCUUCAAGACCAUCGUCAUGCUCACCGGCGAGUUCGACUCGGGCGAGCUGCAGUUCGGCCUCUACCCGGUGCUCAGCCGGCUGGUCUUCAUCGGCUUCAUCUUCCUCAUAGUGAUCAUCCUGCUGAACCUGCUGAACGGGCUGGCGGUCAACGACACCGCAGAGAUCCUGUCGGAGGCGGAGCUGGUGACGCUGGUGUCGCGGGCGCGCCUCGUCGCCUACGCCGAGCGCAUGGUCGUGGGCGGGCCGCUGUCGCCCAGCUCGAUCGGCCUGGGCUGCUGCCUCGAGCCCGCGCCCAGCGCCUCCAGACUAGGCGGCCUCGCGCGGGCCCCCGUGCGCUUCGUCGCGCGCCGCAUCCUGCUGUUCCCACGCUACCUGCCGCACGCGCGCAUCAGCGUAAAACCGCUCAAGAGCUACGAGAUCACGCUGCACGGCCGAGCGCGCACCGGCAACCGCUGCUCCAGCCUCACCAUGGACCCCGUCCUCGCACAGCGGGCCAAGCAAGUGCUCGCCGACCGAGAUCAGAAGGGCGCCGAGGACAAGGUCAUGGAGCACCUCGACACCAUGGAAGCUCGCUUCGACGCUCUGGAGGCCGCAAUCAGGCAGGUCGCUCUGUCCCUCGCCGCUCUGCGGCCUCGGCCCGCUUCUACGGAGGACCGAUCGACGGAACCUUCGUUCUACUCGCCCACUUAAAGCUCGUAGCCUCUGUCAUACUUAUUUUUAAGCUCUUUUCAAAGCAACAAACGCUGUACUGCUGUACUAUAGAAUCUUCUUUGAGAGC